GGGAAAGGAAAGAUGUAAGCUGCCCCACUGGAAAAGGUUUCUGCAGAGCAACUCCUGAAGCCUGAGGCACUGUCUGGACAGGCAGGUGCUGUCCAGCAGAACUUGGGGUGCUGAUGGACAUCGUCUGCUGCUGCAUCACCCACAGCACUAGCCACUGGCCACAGGUGACUGGAGCCGGAAUGGGUCCCAUCUUAGCUUAUCUCUGCAGCGGAUGAUAACGGAAGGAAAGCUUGUUCCAGCGUUGGGAUUGAUACGGUGGAUAAAGUUUCGAGGGGCUGAGCAAGUUCAGUCUGGGAGAGAAGACAGCGGACGGGAGGAAGCAACCUAUUGAUUAGAUUAAUAGAUCUCGAAAGUGAUAUGCCUGAAAUCCUCAGCAAAGUGUGCGACGGAGGUUCUGCUGGGAGAGCAACUGCUUUGCUCCUGACCUUGCAUCGAAAGAUCCCUAAAGAAUCAAGAUCCAGUUUCGGGCAUGAGACUCAUUGGGUAAUCAUUUGAGAGCAACUUGGCUGACCGGGUGUAAAGUUCAAGAGGACUCACAAUGACUGAGGGAACUCAAAUUUUUUUAUCGCCGAUCUUUACUUUGGAUUCUACAAAAGAAACAAUGCCUCUAGCAGCCCCUGAAGCCCAGGACUCCAGUCAGUUAUUAAACAGAUUCCUGAUUGAAAAACAGCCUCAGGAGCGAACAGUCUCAGCUGUCCCACCAGCUCCUUUUGUCUCCGUGCUAUUGUGCUGUUGUGGUUCAGAGUCGUUUGGACUUCCUGAAUGGAUAAUUGAAGUUGCCGUGUGUGAUACCCAUGUUGAGCAGGAGGAAGCAGAAUGGGAAAGCAUAAAUGGGCUGUUGAUGACGCAUGGCUUCAAACCUUUGUGUCUAGUCAAGAGAACCGACCUCAAAGAUCUCAUCGUUUUUGACAAACAAUCAUCACAAAGAAUGAGGCAGAAUUUGAAAAUGUUGAUGGAAGAAACAACACGUCAGCAGAACAUGAUCCGGGAACUCAUAGAGACGAACCAGCAGCUUAAAAGUGAGCUUCAUCUAGAACAGAACCGAGCGGCACACCAGGAACAGCGAGCCAAUGACCUGGAGCAGAUUAUGGACAGCGUGAAAUCCAAAAUUGGUGAAUUAGAAGAUGAGUCACUAAACAGGGUUUGCCAGCAACAAAAUAAAAUUAAAGACCUUCAAAAGGAGCAUAAACUGUUACAGAUGAGAUGCCAGCAUUAUAAGAAAAAACGGAUGGAACAAGAAGAGACCAUUGCUUCUUUGCAAAAAGAUAUCUACAGAUUAACUAAAGAGGAAGAAGAGCGUGUUGUUACUCAAAACAGAGUGUUUGCCCAUCUCUGCAAGAGAGUUCCUCACACAGUCUUGGAUAAACAAUUGCUUUGUCUAAUUGAUUACUAUGAAUCUAAACUUCGAAAACUCCAUACACAAAGGCAGUGUAAAGAAGAUGACAGUCAGUCAGAAGAGGAAAAAGACUACAGAAGCCUGAAUGCCUCACCAAGUUACAAAGGCCUUUUGAUGUCGUUACAGAAUCAACUCAAGGAAUCAAAAUCCAAGAUUGAUGUACUGUUAGGUGAAAAGCUGAGACUCCAAAAAGAUCUGGAAAACAGACCCACGGAACAUGAAUUAAGACUUUAUAAACAACAAGUGAAGAAAUUGGAAAAAGCCCUUAAGAAAAGCAUCAAAUUACGAGAGCUUAUUGGUCAAAACAAGACUGAUGACCCGGAGAAGAGAGACGAGCCCGGCAAAGACAGCCAUCAGCAGGCUCUGAUUGACCAGAGGUACUUCCAGGUGCUGAGCAGCAUCAAUUCAAUUAUUCAUAAUCCUCGAGCUCCGGUGAUUAUUUAUAAACAGAGCAAGGGAGGAGCCCAAAAAUUCAAUAAAGAUAUUGUUCAAGAUUGUGGAUUUGAACAUCUCGUUCCUAUAAUAGAAAUGUGGGCAGAUGAACUGACAUCCUUAAAGGAUUUGUAUAAGUCCUUAAAAAUAUUGUCUGCAGCAGUGGUACCUUGGCAUAAUUUAAAGAAACCAGAUGAAAAUGAAGGUGUCAAAGUAGAAGAUCUGUUGUUUAUGGUAGAUGCCAUGUUGGAAGAGGUUGAAAACAAGAAGGAGAGCCCCAACAUGCCAAACUUUCAAACUUUGCAAGCUAUUGUUUCUCACUUCCAAAAGCUGUUUGAUGUGCAGUCUUUAAAUGGAGUCUAUCCCCGGAUGAAUGAAGUGUAUACCAGGCUUGGAGAAAUGAACAACGUGGUGAGAAACCUCCAGGAGCUCUUAGAACUAGACAGUUCAUCCUCAUUGUGUGUGCUAGUCAGCACAGUUGGGAAAUUGUGUAAGAUAAUUAAUGAGGAUGUGAAUGAGCAGAUUAAGCAAGUCUUAGGACCUGAAGACCUACAAAGCAUUAUCAACAAAUUGGAAGAACAUGAGGAAUUUUUUCCAGCAUUUCAAGCUUUUACUAACGAUCUUCUUGAAAUCUUAGAAAUUGAUGACUUGGAUGCCAUUGUACCUGCAGUAAAGAAAUUAAAAGUACUUUCAUACUGAAAACAAAUCAAAUCAUUUUUACUGUGUAAAUUGUAUUCUUAACUAUUUUAACUAUUUUAAAGGACUGAUCCUGAGACAAGAUUCUAAAAUGUAUCAGCUUUCAGAAUUCGUCCUCUUGCCAUUGGGUCAUUUUCAAUCCAUAUAAGUUUCAGUUUUUGAUUAUUUAAUAGUAAGUAGCUGCUAAGUUAUUAAAAUAGUACAAUAACUUUAGAUAGAUCCCUUAAUUACUUCCUAAGUAAUGCUUCAUUCAGUGUUUUAAGAUGUAAUGGUUAUUUUAAGGUAGAGAUUGUGCAUAACAAAAGAGACUCAAGGAUAUUUGUAAAUUAUACUUACAUUUAAAGGAUAUUUGUAAACUAUACUUACAUUUAAGUUCAAGGCUUAAUAACUUUUUGGUCAGAGAAAAAAGAAUGUCAGUUGCUUUCUAAGCCCAAACAAAAGGAAGCCACUGCCUUCCAGGCAAGGGCUAAUGGGCAUAUUCUAUUAAAAUGCCUUUCAAAGCAGAAAGGUAGUGUCUUUGUAUUAAGGUAGGAAGUUAAUCAUGAGUGAAAUAGAUGAUUAGGUAGAAGACUUUUCAGAAAAAAAGUGUCUUUAUUUGCAAUAUUUAUGUAAUGUACUUUUUAAAGAAAUAAAAUCACAAAUAAAAUUUUUGUAAAGACUUUCUAGA